CUGCUCUUUGAAUGGGCUAGUCGUGCUUGUAAAUGGAACUAGUGAGAAGGAUGUGCAGUGUGGACCCACCAGAACAGAGGCCACCCUGAGUACAAUCUCCGUAACCCUUCCCGCUUUUCUCGUGAAGACUGAUAAGAACCGUCAACUAGUCACCUUCACUCUGGCUCUGGUGAUGGCUGUAGGCUUCUUUGUGCUCCUCACCUUUUCGUGGUUCUGUUUUGCCAUCAGAAGCAAAAAGAAACUGUCCUUCCUACUUCCGCAAACUCUUAGAAAACCAGUCCAGAUUACCCAAGAAGAGGAUGCCUGUAGCUGUGGGUUUCCAGAAGAAGAACAAGGAGAGUGCGAAAUCAUCAAAUUCCAAUCUCAGUUGCAUUUGGAGCUGAUUUUAAAGGACUCAAAGCAGUAAGGCUUUGGGACCAUCAUCACUCAGCACCAGAAAACUUCUCUGCUGGUAUUUCUUGGGAGGAAACCUAAGAAAGAGACCAUGCUGGUUUCAAAAGAA